GGAAGUAGCUGGCGCAGCAGCCCCAUAGCGUUGAGUCAACGUUGCAUCGGCGAGACAGACAGCAGAUUCUCUGGACUGCUGCUCACAGACAGAUGAGAUGACAUAGCGGAUGGACGAGCUAACAUCGCCUUAACACCCGGAUCAGAUUGUGUCAUUGUCUUGUUUUCCUUCGGAUUGUCGUGUUUCAAAAGCUAUUUGCUAAAGCUUGCCAGACGCAGGCCAGUCUUCAAUGCUCCUAAAGAGCAGCCCGCACAUAGAUGUCGAUCUAACUUGCUGCAAGCUAGCAUCAGCUCGCUGCUGCUACCCUCCAGACAUUGAAGUGGCCACACAAACAUGCGGAUCAUCGAGGCGGAGACCCCUGGGACAUCUCUAACGUUUAACGCUUUCUGCUGGACACGGGUUUCAACCAGCCGCUGACUGGACUCUGCAAAGUCUUUGUAGAGGGGAAAGAGCAACGGAUCAAAGAACAGAUUACCCCAAAACUCUUUGCCUCUCAGACAGAUCACCAGGGACCAUGCUGACCAUUCUAGCUGCUGGGUCUAUGUUCUUUCCAGGCCUUUUCCUUCUGUCAAAACAAUGUCUAAAAUCAAUCCCAGCUCUGAGAUGGAGCGAAGGAGAUGCAGUCAUUGUGUCUGCCAGGUUGGUUUCGUCAGUUCAGGCAGUCAUGGCCUCUUCAGCUGGCUACAUCAUUGCUUCUUCCUGCGAGGACAUUCUCGAGGACCAGCAUUGGCUGACAAGCUCUUACAUCAUGUUUGCUGUUCCCUACUUCGUGUACGACAUCUACGCCAUGUUCAUGUGCUACUGGUACAAGCUGCGAGUCAAAGGGCACGAGGAGGCUUCGGCAGCGCCCCAGCACAUGAGCACAGCACUGACCAGCUAUUUGCGUCGCGAGUUCCUCAUGGUGCUGCACCACGUUGUCAUGGUCACCGUCUGCUUCCCCGUCUCUGUGUACUGGAGACAAGGAAAGGGAGAUUAUUUCCAGGGUGUAUUGUUCAUGGCUGAGCUCAGCACUCCAUCUGUCUGCUUAGGAAAAAUUCUCAUCCAGUACAAACAGCAACACACUCUCCUGCACAAAGUGAAUGGGGCUCUUAUGCUGAUCACUUUUUUCAUCUGUCGAGUCCUCCUCUUCCCUUACCUCUACUACGCCUAUGGAAGGUACGCGUCCAUUCCCUUCCACAUGGUCCCCCUGUCGGUGCCCUGGCACUGUAACCUCGGCGCUGCUCUGCUCAUGGCCCCGCAGCUCUAUUGGUUCUCCCUCAUUUGCAGGGGUGCCUUGCGACUUUUCACGGGCUCCUCUCGGAGAUCCUGCCCGACCUCGGGCCCCGCCAAGGAGAGGCAGACGGAUGGCAACGCACUGCCGCAGCCGGCCAACGGCUACAGUGCUCUCUCCUCAGAUCCCGAUCUGUCCACUCACUGAGAAGAGUGACAGGGAGGACGGGGAGGGAAGGAAGGCGAAUGUACCAAUGAGUAUGUCAAUGGAAAAAAGCUGUGAGGGGGGAAAGGAAGACUUGGAACAAGUAGCAAUAUGAAGAAAGCUACAGACAAUGGCCUCAAAGGCGCUGAAGUGUUUGCGGCCUGCUCUCAAAGUCUUUACAGCGAAAUGAUUUGGUUGCCGGCCUUCAAGCACUUCAGCGUCUCAGUUUGUAGGAAACAAGUGGAGUGUUAGUGCUCUCAGUAUUUAAAGAUGUCAUCCGGCACUGUGACAGAUAGAAACAUGCACUGACCUGAGAGGAAUCUGCCUGGAUGUAUAGCGAGCGUAGGUGGCCGUUUCCUUCACGUAGAUCAAAUUGAAUCCUCUCUGCCUCACGGUAUAGGAAGGGCAGAAACCUAGGAAUGUAUUAUAUUGUAUGUUAGUACAUUUGCUGUAGAUGGAAGGCCUCAUUCAGUUUAGUAAUGAAGACCACCUCCAAAAGAGAAAAAAAACCUGGCUAAGCAGUAUUUUGACUUGUUAGUGUUUAAUAUCUGUAUCCUCUAUGUAGUCACUGUCACUCUAACAAAAUGUAACCAACCUGCAGACUGACUCAUCUUUAGAAGGGAGAUAAUCUCAUAAGACUGUUUUCUGCUGCCUUACCCCUUUUCCCCAUUCUUUGCAGUUUAGGUUUUUAUUUAUUUUUAUCCUGGGAGGAGGAGGAGGAGGAGGAAGAGGAUGGGGCUUCUUCUGACAGAAAAAUGUGACGGUUGUACAUAGCCAGUGUAAAAUUGUCCUUAUCUCCAUGUCGGUAUUAGUUUAAUGUUGGUUUUUAUUUUUUAUUUUUUGUCUCAUUUCUGCAUCUGCUGUUACCACAGACAUUUUCGAACAAUUACAUUUCAGCAUUAAAACAAAAACAUUUCACAGCUUAGUGUUCGCAGAUCUCCCACAGACGUUAUGGCAGUGCUUCUUGUUUUAGUGUAGAUAUGACUCCAUUCCAUUUACUGGUAUCACAAAGUGUUUGUUUUUUUUAAUACAAGGAAAUGAUGCACAGUAGCAGUCACUUUGAAAUGAGUGUUUAUUGUUUUGUUUGAUGCUGUUGUAAAUCUCAAAAUAUCCAUUUGAUCGGCUGGAUUAGGUCAGUAAGGGAUCCAUAACGUUUGAGUAUUUAUAGCUUUGUCAGGGGACUUGCGAUGUUGCAGUUUUGAAGGGAAACAAAAGUGAAAAAUCUUGUAGGGGCAGCAUUCCCUUGUGAUAGACAUGCAGCACAUUUGUCCGUGGCAACAAAGGUUUCUCGUUUUGUUUUUAACCGUUGAGUCAAAUUGGUUAAAGCUUUUU